AUGGAAGGUGCGUUGAGGUUUGACGCUCAUUCUUAUCAUCAAUUCCCUCAUUAUCAUGAGAUGGAGUUGGCGUACAUGCGGUUCCUUUCACAAGAUUCUGGAAAAGCAUCUAUAUCGGAACAAAAGGGGGAGUCCUACUUGGUAAAGGAAAUACAAAAGGUGCGCGACAAUAUUAAAUCUUCGCUGGAGAGUAAUGGUUCGUGGAAUGAACGAAUGGAGAAGUUGGAGACAAUUGUGAAGGAGAUGUCCUUGCGUGUGAGCGAGUUAGAAGUACAAAUCCAACGUUUGGGGAAGAUUUUGCCUUCUGAACCGCCCAAAGGUGUUAAGUCGGUCAGACCUGCUGGUGCAGCUGCCGCCGCUGCUGCUGCUGCUGAUGCUACUGCUAAGGCACCGCAACCCGAAUGUGGUGAUGACGACGUUGAUCUCUUCGGAUCGGAUGACGAAAAUGAGAAGGAUCGAUACAAGCAAGUGAUGUCUGAGCAGAACAAGGCAGCAGCAUCGAAGAAAGAAAAACCGGUUGCCAAGUCAAUGAUUGUUCUGGACGUGAAACCUUGGGAUGACACCACGGACAUGGCGGAGAUGGAGAAGGGAGUUCGAGCAAUCACUGCGGAUGGUUUACUCUGGGGCACCUCUAAGCUCGUUCCUCUUGUCCACGGCAUAAGCAAGCUGCAGAUAGCCUGCGUCGUUGAAGACGAUAAGGUUGGCACCGACUUCCUAGAAGACAACAUAAUGGAGCUCCAUGACUACGUUCAGUCGGUUGACAUCGCUUCCUUCAACAAGCUGUAA